GCCCGACAAGCACUGCCCCCUGUGAAAUUCCUGACUGCCGGGGUGAUUCCUCCCGUCACCAGGGGCUGCUUCCUACUGUAUUCCCACCGUGUGCUCCGGGGAGGGGGGAACUAUUCCAAUAACCUCUGGAUAAAUGACCGACUACGGGAGGGAUAUCUCCGCCGAUAAAGGGUUGAUGUUUCCUCACCGGGCGCCCCCAGGGUCGCUUUCAAGCCUGACCGCCAACAGCUCGCUGCCUCCGUCAUCCUCGUGAGCGAGCCGGUCGAUUGCUUCCAGCUCAUCGACAGCUCCCCCCGCACCUGCCAGCGGAACCAGCUGAGUAGCCCUCUGCUUUCCCCCACCCCCGUCGGGCAGGUCUGCGCCGCCAUGGACACAGAGUCUACCUACUCGGGCUACUCCUACUACUCCGGACGCUCCCGGGGAUCACACAGGCACGGGGAGCGAAGCCGGGACCGCCACAAGUCCCGCGGUAAAGACAGCCGCUCAGAGAAGUCCGUAACGAUCACCACGCCGCCCGCCGAGCCGCUGCUGGGCGACUCGGCUGUUCGGGGUGAGCAGGUCCAGGAUGACAACUGGGGCGAGACCACCACGGCCAUCACGGGCACGUCGGAGCACAGCCUCUCCCAGGAGGACAUCGUCCGCAUCACCAAGGACCUGGAGGACAGCGUGGGGCUGGACUGCCGCCGCUACUUCACCCUGACCCUAGCCGUGGUGCUGGGCCUGCUGGUGUUCCUGACGCCGCUCGCCUUCCUGGCGCUUCCCCACCUCCUCUGGCCGGAGAAGCUGCAGAGCUGCGGCACGGCGUGCGAGGGCCUCUUCAUCUCCGUGGCCUUCAAGCUGCUCAUACUGCUGCUGGCCGUCUGGGCGCUCUUCUUCAGGCCGCCUCGGGCCGGCCUCCCGCGGGUCUUCGUGUUCCGGGCGCUGCUCGCCGUGCUAGUGCUGCUCUUUGUGGUCUCCUACUGGCUGUUCUACGGCGUCCGAAUACUCGACUCACAGGACGAGAACUACCAGGGCAUCGUGCAGUACGCCGUGUCGCUGGUGGACGCCCUGCUCUUCAUCCACUACCUGGCCAUCGUGCUGCUGGAGCUCCGGCAGCUGCAGCCGUGCUUCUCCGUGUGCGUCGCGCGCUCCACCGACGGCGAGAUGCGUCACUACAACCUGGGACGGCUCAGCAUCCAGCGGGCGGCUCUGGCCAUCUUGGAGCGCUACUACUGCGACUUCCCGGUGCACAACCCGGCGCUGCUUUCCGCCUCCAAGUCCCGCGCGGCCAAGCACCUGGCCGGCCUCAAGGUCUACAACGUGGACGGUGAGUUCCCAGCAGCCCCCGCUGAGGGUCCAGGGAACAACGCGCCAGCAGCAGGACUGGCCCACUCCCAGUCCAGGGCCAUGAUCGCAGCCGCCGCCCGCCGCAGAGACACCAGCCACAACGAGCUGUACUACGAGGAGGCGGAGCACGAGAGGCGCGUGCGCAAGCGCAAAGCGCGGCUGGUAGUGGCGGUGGAGGAGGCGUUCACACACAUUAAGCGCAUGCAGGAGGAGGAGCAGAAGAAGGCCCCGGGGGAUGUGAUGGACCCCCGGGAGGCGGCGCAGGCCAUCUUCCCGUCCAUGGCGCGCGCCUUGCAGAAGUACCUGAGGACCACCAAGCAGCAGCACUGCCACAGCAUGGAGAGCAUCCAGCAGCACCUGGCCUUCUGCAUCACCAACAACAUGACGCCCAAGGCGUUCCUGGAGUGCUACCUAACCUCAGGUCCCACCCUGCAGUACAGCCGGGACCACUGGCUGGCCCGCCAGUGGACGCUGGUCAGCGAGGUGUCGGUGACCAGCGGCCUGAAAGACGGCUCCACCUUCUUGCUCCGGUGCGCAGACUUCAGCCUGGUGGUGACGACAAAGAGGAUCCCUUACAUCCAGAUGUCGGAGGAAUACAUCGACCCCAAGUCGCACAAGUUCGUGCUGCGGCUACAGUCCGAAACCUCCGUAUAGGACCCCGAACUUUUAGUUUCAAUUGCUCACUCUGUUAUGUUGCUCUCAAAUGUUUCACUUUGGGUUUGAAUUUUUUAUUUUUAUUUUAUAUAUAUAUUAUAUAUGAAUCUAUAUAUUAUCUUUUUUUAAUGUUUUGAUUUGGAUGACAUCAAAAUAAAGCCGUCUCGGACAAACCGCCGAGGAUGGUGGUGGACUCGAUUCAGGUUGUUUUUUAAACGGAAACACACGACAGGUGUCCUCGUCUGCAACAUUUGAAAGUAUUCGAAUGCUCAACCAGAUUAAAUGCAUUUGACAGAAACGAAAACGUCAAUCAGACUUUGCAUUAAAUGCACAUCUAUGUACGUUUUCUAAAUGAAAAGAAUAUUCCACUUGAGAGGGCGGAACAUGUGACCUCCCUCUCGCCUCAUCGCCGCUUCCACAGCUGUAGCGCUCUUCUCUCUCGAACCCGAUUCUUCUCACAGGUGCAAUGGAGGAAAACCGCGACACGUUUCCACUCCAGUUGGUAACAACACGCGGCACGUUUUCACACCGGGGAGAAAGUCGACAUCGAUGCGGAUCAUAAGAGACGCUGGACGCGUGCCCGAAAAAACAUUUGCCCUGCCUCGUCCGUUCAGUGACCUCCUCGGAUAAAAAGUACUACUGAUUCCUCCGAAGGAGAACUUCCUCUCUGCAGGCCGCAAAGCAGAGAAACUGAAAUACCGUACAUUUUCAUAUUCAAGACAGUUUUUCAAGUGAGCUUAUCCAAGGGGGAACAAGUAGAGGCCGCUCGCUAAUAAAGCCUAGAUUUUUU